AUGCCUAACUUCAACGGCUGCGUCAUCGCCCGCCGCUACGAGCUUGUCCAGCAGCUCGGACGCGGUGGGUUUGGAGUCGUCUACCAGGCGAUCGACCACGGUGUCGCCAUCGACUCCGAUGAGCAGUACGUCGCUGUGAAAAUCAUGCAGAAGGCUGGUCGCAACGAGGCCGACCUCGCCGCCCUCAAGCAGGAGGUCAUCCUCCACGGCAUCGCUACCACAUGUUCGGAUGGCGUCGUUCAGUUGAUUGACGCCUUCGAAGACGACGCGUACUGCUACAUUAUCCUCGAACUCUGUCGAGGGGGCGACCUCUAUGACCAUAUCACGAAGAAUACCUACCAGGGUAACGACGAGCUUCUCCGGAGGGCAUUCAUCUCGCUCGUGGACGCCGUGCAGGCGAUUCAUGACGCGAAGAUCGCCCACCGAGAUCUCAAGCCGGCGAACGUCCUGUCCAAUGAAGACGGCUCCGAGCUGUAUCUGGCAGACUUCGGUAUGGCCACGACCGAACCCGUGAUUAGCGAGUUCGGUCAUGGCACAUCCCACUUCAUGAGUCUUGAGUGUAUCGGAGAAUUGACUGCUCAGCAGCCAUAUGAUCCAUACCUCAGCGACAUCUGGGCUAUGGGUGUCAUCCUCUUUGCCAUGAUCACGAGGACCAACCCGUGGUCGAAGGCGACAAUCAAGGAUGAUGACUUCUGUGAGUUCCUCAUGGACCCGGACUACCUGUUCUUCGCGCACCCCAUUUCUUCGGGGGCGCACGCCAUCAUCCGUGAGAUGCUCCAACCCGACCCUACACAGCGGAUUAGCCUCCGCAACCUCCGCCAAGCGAUUCUGUCGCUUGACACGUUCUUCCGU